GUAGCUACGAAAAGUUAAAUUAACAGCAGAAAACAAACGAUUAACAACAACACCAGCAAAAUGGCGAAUCGGGAGUUGGAAUUGAACUCCGGAAUGCGUUGUGCUAAAUAUAUGCUCAUCGUAGUGAGCUUUAUGUUUGCGCUAACGGCCAUACUUCUGAUCAUGGUUGGCACAACCAUCCAGACGAUCUUCGGUGACUUCAGUCUCUUCAUCGAUGGACACUUCUCGUCACCACCUUCUCUCCUAAUUGCCAUUGGCUUCAUUCUCAUCGCUGUGGCAACUCUCGGAGCCUAUGGAGCUGUCAAGGAGAGUGUUAUGCUCAUCAAUUUGUAUGGCGUCUGCCUCUUCCUUGUCUUUAUCUUGGAAGUGUCGGCGGCCAUCGCCGCCUUUGUGAUGCAGUCCCAGGUCCGUGACAUGCUGAUGCGCACCAUGAACCAGGCACUGGCUGACUACGAGACCGACACCAAUGUCGAAGCAGCAGUUGACUUUAUGCAAUCUGGUCUGGGCUGCUGUGGAGUGGUCGAACCUGAUGAUUGGAGGGAGUACUAUUCGUAUAACAAGAACGAGACCCAUAUGGAGGCCGAUGACGUCGUGGUGCCAUUGUCGUGCUGCGCGAACCUGGCCGAUCCCUAUCCCAACGGUGAUAACGAGUACAACGAUUGCCUGCAGCCCUAUGAAUACGGAUGUUUCCGCAAGAUGAACUUCAUCAUGUCGCAGAGUGCAAUGCUGAUUGCCACCGGAGCAACAACCGUAGCCUUUGUGCAGCUGCUUGGUGUUCUCUGUGCCUUCAUGUUGGCCAAGACAUUGCGUCGCAACAAGUCGAUACGCGAGGCACGUCGCUGGCAGCUGCAACAGAGCCUUGGAGUACUCAUCUCGGGUGGAAAGAUGGGUCUGCCUGCCAACUCGGCCAUGAGCGGCUACCAACAAUUGGAGAGCAAUGGUGAAGUGGGAACACACGAGCCUUACACCUACACACCACAGAGUCCCAGCGUCAAUUAAACAAUUUACAAUAAUCACACUUUAAUAAAAAUAUAUCAUUUGUUAACUAUACUUGAAACAAAAUUCAAAUAAAAAUAAAAGCGGGGCCAGUCCCUAAACUAAGAUUGCUGGAUCAA